AUGGACGGCAGUGGCAACAACGGUGCCUUUUCAAACACCCCUUCCGGGCGCGCUGUCAACCCGGCAUACGUGCAUGAUCCCUCUGGGUUGAUUGCAUCAUUUGGCAACAUGAACAUGCAUGGAGGUCACCAUGCUCCCUUGACUGUGAGCUCUGGCAACGGCUGGCUGGCACCCAUGACUGACCCACUAUAUCAUCACCAGCAGAGCUUGGCCCAAGAUCAUCACUACGCUCACAUGCCUGGCCCUGGCUUCCCCGGUGCCUACUACGGUGUGCCCAUGCCUGCCAUGGGUAUGAUGCCUUACACUCCCGGUCGUCAUGUUCCGCGUCUUGAGCGUGGGUACGCUGAUGUUCCGGCCCUUGAGAACCGUCGUGGUUCGUACUCUACUACCGAGUCCACGCCCACUACCCCAUACUGGGCUGGGUUUGGUCAGCGUGAGGGCGCUAUACGUGUUGCUAGCCAUGACCGCUCUGCCUAUACGACUCCUUCCCCACAGCAACUCGGCGUGUCCGUUCACUAUGAAAUGCAGAAGCCCUCUGUACCUGCCAUCUCUGAGUCUGCUCUCGAGGAGCUUCUUGUCAAGGAACCCCCCAUUCCCAAGGCCGUUCCCGCUGUGUUCACGCCAACUGGUCAGAUAAAGUCUGUCGAUCAGAGCCUGGAGAAUCGCAUCCCAGGAAACCGCAAUGUCUAUAUCCGUGGCCUCCAUCCGACCACAGAUGACGAGCUCCUCUAUCUGUUCGCCGCUCGCUUUGGUCCUGUCGAGACGUCAAAGGCUAUCAUUGACACCGGCACUGGUGCUUGCAAAGGCUUUGGGUUUGCCAAGUUCUUCGACGUCCGCGACUCUGAGAUGUGCAUCCGCGGCUUCCACCGCCUCGGUUACGAAGUCGGUUUCGCUCGCGAGUCAUUCAACUCCCGUCUUAAGGCUCAGGGCGAUGAGGGCUCCACGAACUUGUACAUCUCGAAUCUUCCCAAGACCUUGACCGAAGUGGAGCUCGGCACCAUCUUCUUGGGCUACAACAUUCUGUCCAGCAAAAUUCUUCGGGACAACAUGGGUAACUCGCGUGGGGUUGGUUUUGCUCGUUUUGAGAAUCGCGACAUUUGUGCCGAUAUCAUUCAAAAGUUCAACGGCGUUGGUAUUGGUGAAGAAGGUCUACUCAUGAACAUUCGGUUCGCGGACACCCCUGCCCAGAAGGAACUCAAGAGAGUGACUGCCGAGCGUCGCCAGUUCCGAACCAACGAGUACAACAUCGGUGCCUAUGGAACCCCUUUGGUGGGCAUCGCCAACUCGCUGCAUGGCCAGCACAGUGAUUGGCGUCGCAAUUACAGCACCACCCGGAGUGACGACUCAGCCGCCACUCGAGGCAACGGGACAUCGGCAUCUCAGCCUGAUGGCUCCCGAACGGCGAGAAGCUCCAGUGAAGAGGCUGCGAUUACUGUCACCACUCCAGACUCUUCUGAGUGCGAUGAGGGUGCCACCAUCAAUGCUGAUUCAUUCGCCGGUUUUGACGGCAACGCAAGCAUCCAGUCGUCUCCUUCCCCCAAGAAGGAGAUGAAGGAGGUGAUCGUGACGACAGCCCGGAAGGAGACUUAG